AUGACUUUUUCAAAAGGAAAUUGUGUAAAGAUGGUACGAAGCGAGAGAAGAGACGAAAGGGUUGUGGUUGCGAUUGAUCGAGGCAAAGGUAGCCAGGCUGCACUGAAAUGGGCUGUUGAUAAUCUUGUAACCUCGGGAGAGAGUCUUACUCUUGUUCAUGUCAAACUCAAACAAGCUUUAGUUAUAAAUGGUACCAACCCCAAUAAGUCUAGUAAUGACGUCAAGGAAUUGUUUCUUCCAUUCCGCUGCUUCUGCAACAGAAAAGACAUAAGAUGUGAAGAUGCGGUAUUGGAGGAUGUCGAUGCUGCUAAAGGAAUCAUAGACUAUGUCAAAGAGAAUGCAAUUGAUAUUCUAGUACUCGGUGCAUCCAAGAUGACUCUGUUAAAACGGUUCAAAGCGGCAGAUGUUACCAGCACGGUGAUGAAAGGGGCAGCUAAUUUCUGUACGGUUUAUGCAAUCUCCGGAAGUAAAAUAUCGUCGGUUAGAUCAGCUACGUCUUCACCUCCCCCACUUUGCGCAAUACGUCCACAAAUAACAGCUCGGCCUAGCAACAACUCAAUGGGCCAAGGUGAAACUCAGGACGAGAUCGUGAUCAAGUAUAAGUAUGUUCCGUCUCAAAGAGGAUUUGACCAGGCCUCAGUGACAGACUCCGACAUGUCGUUUGUGAGUAGUGAUAGGCCAAGCGUUGAUCUCAUGUUCCCAACGUCACGUCUCUCUAUUUACUCUGAGUUCGAAGACAACCGAUGCAGCUUUGCCACAUCCUCAUGCUCAUCAGAGAAACAGUCCGUAGACUUGGGUUCUUCAUACUCAGCAUUCUCCCCAAGCUCUCAAGAAAGUGGGAGACUCUCCACGUGGUCACUCCAGGAUGAUGUACAAGCUGAGAUGAGAAGAUUGAAAAUGGAGCUCAGGUAUACAAUGGAAAUGUAUAGCACUGCCUGUAAAGAAGCAAUCACAGCCAAGAACAUGAGUAAAGAGUUACACAAAUGGAGAGUAGAGAAGGAACACAAGCUAGAAGAAGCAAGACAGGCCAAAGAAGCGGCAAUGGCAAUGGCUGAGAACGAGAAGGCAAAGACAAGAGCAGCAAUGGAAGCGAUAGCCACCGCCAACAGAAUAGCAGAAAUAGAAGCACAGAAGAGAAAACAAAUCGAAACGGCGUCGCUUAGAGAAGCAGAAGAUAAGAACACUAGUGAUAGAAGGUAUAGGGAAUAUACAAUCGAGGAGAUCGAAGAAGCAACAGAAAAUUUCUCAAUAAAUAACAAGAUUGGAGAAGGAGGUUAUGGACCUGUUUACAAGGGCACAUUAGACUACACAAAGGUGGCGAUAAAAGUCUUGAGACCGGACGCAAGGCAAGGAAGAUCGCAGUUCCAGCAAGAAGUGGAAGUCCUAACCUCCAUAAGACAUCCGAACUUGGUUCUCUUGCUAGGAGCCUGCACGGAGUACGGGUGUCUAGUCUACGAACACCUCGAAAACGGCAGCGUAGAAGACCUUCUCCUCAAACGAGGAAACAACUCUCCAUCGCUUACGUGGCAGCUACGGUUCCGCAUCGCAGCCGAAAUCGCCACUAGUCUCAACUUCCUCCACCAGAUGAAACCGGAGCCGGUCGUGCACCGCGACCUUAAACCGGCUAACGUGUUGCUCGACCAGCAUAUGGUCAGCAAGAUAGCCGACGUGGGUCUCGCUAGGCUCGUCCCUCCCUCGGUCUCUGACGCCGUGACGCAGUAUAGAGUGACGUCAGCUGCUGGGACCUUGUGUUAUAUCGAUCCUGAGUACCAGCAGACGGGUAUGCUUGGAACCAAAUCAGACGUGUACUCGUUCGGUAUCACGGUGUUGCAGUUACUCACGGGGAAGCCACCGAUGAGCUUGACUCACCAGGUGCAAAAGGCGAUUGAAGGAGGGACGUUUGCUGAGAUUUUAGAUCCUGAUGUUCAUGACUGGCCACUCGAAGAGGCUUUGGUUUUAGCGAAAAUUGGUUUACGCUGCGCUGAGUUGAGGCGGAGAGACAGACCUAACUUGGGGAAGGAUGUGUUGCCUGAGCUUAAGAGACUCAUGGAUUUAGCUGAAGAAAGCAUGUCAGAAUAACAGCGGAACUGAUAGUGUAGCAUCCACGUAAACGCCUCUCUUUUUAUCUCUUCAGAUUUGUUAUACGUAACAUGUCUUUGAUUUCUAAACCACUACUUCUUUUUAAACCUGUUUUAGGAGAUAUUAAGCGAUCCAUGUCUCAAGUCUCAACAAUAUAUGGGAGUGGUGGAAGUUUUAAUUACUGAACAUCCUCUUGACGAGGUAAUACACAGGGAGUAGAGGGCCGUGUGAAGAGAAAGAAGGAAUACACAAAUGUAAGUAAGAAAACUCAUCAGCUUACUUACUAAAAUGGACUUACAGUAAAAAAAAAAAAAAAAAAAAAAAACUCAUCAGCUUGUUUUAUUGUGAAAUGGUGAAGAACCCUAGCCAUGAAGAAAAAAUUAAUUUGUUUCUAAAAGUGUAAAUGAAUCUUCCAAAAAAUUUUCCUAUGUUGCCAGAUGCAAUUAAUGCAUCUUAUUUUGUAAGUUUUGAAUGAUUAAGCUUUUGCUUUUAGACGGUAAACACCUUUUUUUUAACAUUGUGUGAACAUUUUAUUAAAGCAUAAGUAGUUGAAAUAAAAGGGGAAAAUAAGAAGUCAAAAGGGCCUAUUAUUCCCAAAACAAAACAGAGCAUAACGAAAAGAAACACCACAUCUCUCAGGCUAUCCGUAUUAUUCAGUUUAUAAGAUGCGCAAACGCUAUCAAAAAAUUCCUUGCUUGCAGAUAAAUAUCCAGCUAGUAUGGACUGUAUGGUAUAUUUCCUUAUUGUUCUAGAGCGGAUCAUAUCUUCUUAUGCCAGAGGAACUACUGUGUCUAUCAUAUAGGCACUC